AUGAAGUAUCUUUGUGUCUCUCUUUGCUUCCUCGUCCUCCUCCAGUUUCAGAGUGUCUCAUCACAAAAUAAUGCUGAUGUUCCACCAAGAGGCUGGAAUUCCUAUGCUUCAUUCAGCUGGAUAAUUUCUGAACAAGAAUUCUUAGACAAUGCUGUUGAACUUGCCAAGCGUCUUCUUUCAGUUGGAUAUGAGUAUGCUGUGGUGGAUGCUUUUUGGUUUAGAAGUCUUGAUGACGGAAGUGAUACAAUUGAUGAAUGGGGGAGACCUUGGCCUGACCCUAAAAGGUGGCCUUCUUCUGUGAAUGGUGUAGGCUUCAAAGCUGUGGCUGAUCAAGUUCAUAGAUUAGGUCUCAAGUUUGGGAUUCAUAUUCAUGGAGGGAUAAGCCAACGUGCGGUUGCUCGAAAAACUCGUAUCCUUGAUUCCUCUACGGGGAAAGCUUAUAAUAUAGGUGGUGAAGAGUGGCACGCAGAUCGCAUACAAAGUGAGCCUUGUGCAUAUGCUCCUACUUUCUUAAAGGUCAAUACAUCCGUUGAAGCUGGGCAAGUCUUCUUCAAAUCUCUCAUCGACUUGUACGUUUCAUGGGGCGUUGAUUUCGUGAAACUUGAUUGCGUAUUUGGUGAAAAUAUCAAUUUAGACACAAUAUCUACAGUGUCAGAGAUUUUGGAAGAGAAUGAUCAGAGGCAAGUUUUGCUAUCAGUGUCUCCUGGAGUCGGAGCAACAGAAGUAAUGGCAAGGCAGGUCAGUGGACUUGUUAACAUGUAUCGUGUCACUCCCAACAAUUGGGAUCAAUGGUCCAUUGUUGUUGAACGUUUUGCUAUAGCCAGGGAUUUUGCUGCUGCUGGUUUGAUUGGAGCUGCUGGGUUGAAGGGGAAUUCAUGGCCUGAUUUGGACAUAUUGCCUUUUGGAUGGCUAACAGAACAAGAUGUGAAGCAAGGUCCACACAGGAAUUGUAAUCUUUCGCCUAUAGAACAAAGAACUCAGAUGACUUUGUUUGCAAUGGCAAAAUCUCCUAUUAUGUUUGGUGGGGACUUGAGGAAUGUUAAUCCAGAAUUACAAGAUCUUCUCGCAGAUGGACUCCUCCUACAGAUAAACCAAAAUAGUUCAGACAACACAGCGCUUAUUCUACCGGAACCGAAUGAUCCAACGCUUCCUACUUGGCUUGCAUCUUAUGGUAACGGGGUGUUCUAUGUUGCAAUUUUCAAUCUAAAUGAUGAUCCCAGGACUGUGAAAUUCGAUAUUCCAUUCUUAGGAUCUCACCUUCCCGCAGGGAGAUCAUUCAGUACUUGUGCUGAUGGCAAUGAUUAUUAUCAUCCUGAUUUCGAACUUGUUGACAACAAGAUUGAACCAGAAAUUCCAGGACAUGACUGCUCACUCUUUGUCAUGACAUCAUGUAGCUAA